GGACAUGACUUGCGGACCCCCUGGAGUACUCUCACAGACCCCAGUUUGAGAACUGCUGGCAUAGGUGGUCUGUUUUCAAGAGGGCUGCGAGUCAUCAAGCCGAGCAGCCAAUAAUGCUGCGUAGGAAGCAUUGCAAACUCUGCUCUGCACGUGGCUUAUGAAACCCAGAUCCCGGCAGGCUGUUUCCCCCUACGGAUUGUUCCUUGCAAUAUGGGCUGUAGCUCGCAGUCCUGCCAGGGAAGGCACCUGACUGGACUGGCUUUGGGUAAUGCAUUGAAGUGGAGGAGAGCUGCAGGCUUAGACGCAAUGAGAAUAAAACCAAUGUCCUGCUGGCUGCUGAAAGCGUUCAGGGCUGGAGGUGGGCAGGCCCGUGCAGACCCUUGUAUCUGAUCACCAGUUGCCUCCCUCUCCUUUCUAUACUCCGGUAACAAGGUGUCCAACUCCUACACAGGGCAGCAGUCGUGGCUCGAACAGGCCUUGUGCACCCCCUGCCGCCCAGUGCACCUGUGGAUCCAGGCCCUCCUGGGGGUGUGUGCAGGUGUGCGGUUAAUCUGUUACAAGGGGCAGAGCCCAAUCCCAUCUGGGUUGGCAGAAGACUCUCUUUCCCUUCCCUCUCACACUGCUUGGUCCGGCCUGGUCUCUGCUUCGAGAGCUGACCCUAGCUGGCUCCCGCGGCAGCGGAAAGCGUGGAUGCUGGUGUGUUAAGGCACUAGGUAGGCAUUCAGGAGCUGCGUGAGCAUGUGACACACCGGCAGAGGCUCAGAGCUGAGCCCAGGAUGACAAUUCAGUUGCAUGGCAACAGUCGAGGUUUUCUGUGUUUGUUCCAUGCUGGAGCAAAACCAGAAUGUUUCAGCCCUCUUCCCCAGGCUGGACUUGUGUCAAUGUCCAUUUUCGGAUGGAUAGUGGAGCUGGUGACCUGGGGAGAGGGGUGGUCAGAGCACUCCCCUGGCAUGUGGAAGACCAGGCUCUAGUCCCUGAUUUGGAGUGAGCAGGCUCUGAGUUAGGCGGAGCAGGGACUCAAACCUGGCUCUUCCCAGUCCCAGCCAGUGCCCUAGCCAGGAGAUAGAGUACGAGAGAGACUCUCUCUCCCCUUUCUGAUGAAAACGUGGUCAAAAGUGAUAUGUCUCCACGACCUGGUUAGGCUGUGAGGGAACAGCAGAGGGCCAUUCCCACCAGCUCUGUAAAGGGUGUUGUGUUUGUGACCUGGUACUAGCAAGAAAGGCUGAUCCAGCAGGCAGGGCACUAACAAACCUGGCUUCAAUUCCCGGCUCAGGCUGCAUGUGGGCCCGAGGCAGGCCUGGCUGUGCCUCAGGGCUCGGCAGUGCAGUGGGACAGGAGCGCUGCCCUGCCCGCCAGGUGACUACAGUAAUGGCCACGAGGUGCGCGGCUCACGUAAGCGCCUGAGAGAAGGGGCGAGAGAGCAGCCCCAAGUCUCCAGAGCCCCAAAGUCACCAGAAGGGGGGCAGCUCCCUGCAGCAGCUCCCCCCCCCCCCGAGUGCUGCUUCUCUGGGGGCGGUAUUUGACCAUUACGGCUGAGGGCUGAGGGCUGUCCGGGUCGUGGCAGGCAGGAUCUGGAGGGCGGCCUGGACCUUCUGCCUGCCGGUUGCAAAGGCUGCAGCGGGCUGCGGGGCAGGUCUGAGGGCGCCGGUGCUCCAGAGCCAGGCUCUAUGCGGGAGCAGCAAGAGGCACGUAGACGUGCUGGUGGUGGGGGCUGUGUAGUGCAGGCCGCGUGCGAUGCGGGAAGCUACAGCAGGAGGAGCAUGGAGCAUUUGAGGCAGAGAAGAGCUUUCUGCCCUCUGGGCACAUUUAAAGGCAAUGUUCAGCCUGGGCCGGACGAUUCCCAGCGCCUGAGAGGGCAGCUGCGAUUAGCCACUGGCAGCCUGCAGUGAGCAAACCCGAGAGCCAUUGGCUGGUGGGCAUUGCCCUGAGCCUGGGGUGCGCUCUGCAUGGCAAGUGUCCCGUCUCGUUGGGAGGAGCAGUCCCGUAGCCCCAGCGGAGGCGCCAGAGGAAAGCAGACUUCUAACAACAGGACAAAAUGUUUGCAGCGCUUGUGAAUGUUUAGCUUGCACCAAUCCUCUUGCACGAGUGUCUUCAACUAAAUAACGUACAAGUAAAAGAAGCACGAAAUGGGAAUGAUGGGGAAGCACAUUCAUGUACACAAUUUGCUGUGAAUUGUGUCUGGGUUUGAACGUGCAGGCUUACAGCUCUGCCGUGCUUUUAGACCAUGGGCUUGUUGCUUUAACUUGUAGCAUGAUUCUUCUCGCUGCUCUGGGAUUUGCUCUGCUGCAGACUUAGAUUCUUGUGCAUCAUCUCACAAGCAAUGUACCUGUUUUAAGACACUUGGGUAAUGUAUGUCCAUACUGUGUAUCAGAAGGCAGCAGCCCUCUGAGUUUUUCCUUCACUUACGAAGUAAAUAUUUUUCCUCUGUGAAUCCUCCUCAGAGUGUCCCCGGCUGCUUCCCACAGUCUACAUUACCUUCUGCACAUUUUACUCCCUUUGUUGACUUUCCUGUUGUUUCUUUAAUUAGCACAAAUAUCUACUGCUCUCUUGAAUUUGUUGUCAAAGACUGAGAAUCCUUUAAAGAAAGUGGGAUUUCCCCCCUGAAAACCAUUAACUACAGAGAGUGUACGUGUACUUCCCCAGUAUAAGGAACCCACUAUCUAUGCUAGCAAAACAGCUCAAUAUGUUUAUGCAAAUUCCAUUUUGUUCUUGUUUCUCUCCUUUUCUGAUUCACUCUGUGUACUCACAUGAUCUUGGAUGGGGGAUUCGCAAUCAGUUUUGCAGCCAAAAAAAAAAAAAUCAACAAACUGGCAAGUGUUCAUAUUUCAGUCCUGGAGUUACGUAGGUUAAAGUCUCCUGGUGCAGACAACAGAAUGUAUCGGAAAGAAAGCAGAGAGCUGGAGAUGUUGCCUGCUAGAAGGAAAUUGGAAUAAGGGACCACGUUAUUCUAUAUCUAUCUCCAGCUUGAGUUCCGACACCUUUAAGGGGAACAAUGUGGUGAUAAAGGUGGUGAUAAAUGCUAGCACAAGCAUUUCCAGCAGUGACUAUCUCCUCGCCAAUACCCAAGAUGUACAGUAAUUACUCCAGGCUCAACACUACGGAAGAAACGCUUCAAGAUGUACAUUACUCUGCUACAAACGUAUCGACUGAGCAGAUGUCUCCCUCCUCCUGUCCACUUCUAUAUUCAGAUUAUCAAUUUACACUGAUUCCGGUGCUCUACUGCGUUAUCUUUAUCCUCGGGCUUGCUGGCAACAGCGUGGUGGUCGCGGUACUCUGUCGCCACCACGGCCCUAAGACAGUUGCUAAUAUUUACAUUUUCAAUCUGGCCAUGGCCGAUUUGUUGUGCCUGGCCACACUCCCCCUUUGGUCAGCCUAUUAUGCCUAUGGAUACAACUGGCUUUUUGGAUCUGUGAUGUGCAAAAUUUCAAGUUCCGUUCUGUCUCUGAACAUGUUUGCAAGUAUAUUUUUCAUCACCUGCAUGAGCAUGGACCGGUACCGGGCUAUUGUCUAUCCUAUUCGGUCGCAAAGGAGAACACUGCAGCAAGCGUCGUUGAUAGCAUUACUUGUUUGGGGCCUAGCUUGUUUGUCUUCCCUGCCAACGUUUUAUUUCCGUGACAUGUACUUCAUUGAAAGCUUGGGGGUGAAUGCUUGCAUUAUGGCUUUUCCCUAUGAGAAGUAUGCAAAGUGGUCUGCUGGAACAGCCUUAAUGAAAAACACUCUUGGCUUUUUGAUUCCUUUAAUUGUCAUAGCCACAUGCUACGUGUGGAUCUGGAUGCACUUAAUGAAAGCACAGGAAUUUAGGAAAAACAAACAAAAAAGAGACAAAGUCUUGAAGCUGGUGGCUGCAGUUGUUGUGGCUUUCUUAAUUUGCUGGCUUCCAUUCCACAUUUUAACCUUUUUGGAUGCCCUGGCUCGGAUGAACAUCAUUAAUAACUGUGACAUUAUAACAGCCAUUGACACUACUUUGCCUUUUGGCAUCUGCCUGGGAUUUGCAAACAGCUGCAUCAACCCUUUGUUGUACUGUUUCAUUGGACACCAGUUCCAAGAGAAGCUCCAACAUCUCUUUAAGCUGCGAGUCUAUCAGUUUAACAGCACCAGACAAAGCUCUUCCUCAAGAAAAGGGAGUUGCCUUAAAGAGGCUGAGACCCCUGGGGACUGUGACAAAGAAAGAUUGAACUGUAAACCAACACUGUAGGUAGCAAACAGGGUUUCUUUGGGGCAUCUGGGCGCUCUGAAUGCCACAACACUUUUUUCCCUCCAUUUUCCAGAUUUUCUGGUACAAAAUGUUCAAAGGAGAAUUUAUUUUAAUGUACCGAGUCAUCUACUUUACCUGCCUUUUGGCAAAGAGCAAUGACUGUAGAAUUUUUACGUAAGGUGUAAUGUCUAUAAAAUCAACCUAUACAUGACAAUUUAAAACAUAAGAUUGUAUGUAGCUGGGGGCACGUGAAUGCUGUUUAAUACGACAUAGGAAAGGGUGAUGCUAAUAUGCCAAAAAUAAUGCUAAUAAAAGACUGUGCAAUAGAGAAAACUGUGACUAUCACACCCCCUCAUUAAAAUCUCUUCCUGAAGGAAAUAGUUUGGCAUGACAAAAACCUGUCAAUCAUGCUGUAAAAUAAGUAAAAUACGUAAAAUACAGAUAUUAUUGUACCUGUUGGUAAGAAAA